AUGUCGGAUCGACAGGAAGAGACCGAGCGAUUGCUAUCAGGUUCGAGACCUACUGAUGACAGUUUGGUGAUUUCGACGUCUACUGAUGAGCACUUGUACAGUGAGAGUUUGAGCGAGGAGGGUCCGAGUAUUUUGGUGGACGCGGUGCAGGGUGUCAUGGGUUCGGUUGUGCGUAGUGUGGCAGAAGGAGUGGGUAUGGAUGAGGAAGAGAUCUCAUUUCUAUCAUCGACGGAUUAUGCCAAGCAAACACACAUCGAUGUGUUUCACCAGGGAAAAGAAAAGUACCCUAACUACAUGGUAGAGGACGAGUUAAUUAUCACGGGCCCGCGUUGGCGGAACACAGUGGGGCUGCCAAAGCAUCAACGUGCCAUGUUGGCGGGCAGUAUCUGGAGCGUGGAAACGGUGCAGACAUACUCUCCGGCGCAGUUGAAGAACGCAGUCCAGACACGUAGUUUGCAGAUUCUCUUGCUGAUCAUGACCACGUUUCUGCUGGCUAUGAGCUUCAUUGCGGAACAGAUGAUCCUGACAUCAGCGGAUGUAGCACUGGUGGGACCAAGCGCGUACAUGGUGGUUGGUCUGAAACACUUCAAGCUUGGCAGUCGCAUCUAUGUAGCCAUAGGGAAUAUCUUAAGUCUCUUGUUGGUCUUGAUGUACGGAAAUUGGACCAAACGGACCACCAGCUGGGGUUGCGUACUGAACCUUCAAAACAUACGUCGCUUUUCACUAGUGGCCGUCGCCUUCUGCUGGCAGGACUACCUCCAAUACAUGCUCGCUGUCGUACUAGACUCUUACGCCGUGCGCAGUCUUCGCCUCUACAAACUACCUCUAGCCGCCAUCUACAACUGCUUCAUUAAUGGACAUCCACACCCGCACACACAGUGGCUCUUCCUCGCAUCCAUGAGCCUCAUGGUGACCUCUCUCGUCAGCAAUCUCCUAAACAGCGCUAUCGCCGGAAGUUCUAUCGGCGUCGGCUUCGCUACCCUCGGAUACGGACUCUUGUACCUCGACAUUGGCAUCACGCUCCUUACCACCACACUCUCCUUUAUCCAGUCCAGAAGACACCCUCGCAACCCCGAACGCUUCAGCUUCCAGUUCGCUCAAAUACUAGCCGCCUGUCUCUGUCCCAACAUCGGACUUGCUCUUGGCGAAAUCGCCUACUUCAUCGUCAACAAGACACCACUCCUCGCGCCCAAUGGCUUCACCCUCUUCUAUGUAAGCAAACAGCGGUAA